AUGCACUUCGGCGGCUUGACGUUCCCGGGCGACUCGUCGGACGGUGUUGCACGACCGGACGCGGCGGCGGCAAUGACGGGAUUCGAGUACGACGAGUCGCAGCUGAUGCUCAUGCUGUUGCUGCAGCAGCAGUCCAUGCUGCACCAGCAGCAGCAGCAGCUGCUCGAGGCGCGCCGGUGGGCGGAGGAAGCCGCGGCGGCGGCGCACGUUGCCGCGCCGUGGGCCCCGCCGCAGACCACCAUCCCCAGCGAGCUCCAGAUCAGCGCCGUUGCGGGCGCCGAGGACGGCGGGGAGGCGCAGGAGUCACUUCGGCAUGAGUGCUACUACCAGCAGCAGCCGCAGCAGCCGCCGCCGCAGCAGCAGCAGAAGGAGCGGGAGGAGGAGGCAGGAGUGGGUGCGAAAGCGGAAGCACAGGCUACAGCGGGGCCGCGUGCACUGGAUACGAGUGAGCUGGCGAGGCAUUUGUCGCUUCUCCACCCUCGGCUCUUGGAGAUGGGCCCAACCACCACGUCUCCUCCUCCACCAUCGGACGACGGGAUUUCGUACAUGAUCUGA